GCCAGAGUGCGGAUUGUCAUUUCUUCAUACACAUUGAUAACAAAUUUGAAGGAGUGGCAUUGGAAGCGUCAUUAUUUCCAUUACGUAAUGUUUACCGAUAAAAUCGCCGCCCACCUACACGAGCAAUAGUUCUAAAAAUAGAAAUGACAUGCUCCGGCGUCGCCAGUCGAUGUGAGACAGACGACUGUCGAGAACAACACCCUCUCCGGAGUGGGUGCUCUUUAAUGUGAUGCAUGGUGUGGAGCGCGGACUGACAAGGUCACAGAGGUGACUGUGGAGCAGCUGUCCUGCAGUGUCCCUCCCUGGAUAUACCAUAAACCUCAUUGAUUGAUAGGGUGGAGAUGGACCCUCGGGUCCUGAGGAUUCAUUCAUUUCUUAAAUACAAACUCCACUGAAGUAAAGACUUAAGGAACUGCACGCUUGAGAUGUGUUCUGUUAGGGUGAGCUGGCCGUGACGGGAUAGAUAGGUCGGAAGGGUCACCAUGUUAACGUCAUGGACCAGCAUGGCGACGAUGUUGAUGGAGGUUGUGGAGAGGGGGGACGUUGAGCUGGUAAAGAUCCUACUCAAGGCUGGAUGUGAUGUGUCAUGUUCAGUGGAUGACUACGGUAAUAAGGCUCUGCAUAUAGCGGCGAAUGCUGGAAACGUGGAGCUGAUCAACCUUCUGCUUGACAGUGGAUGCGACGUGUCUGCUCGGAACAUACACGGUGAUACCGCCCUGUUGAUAGCAGUCAAGGCAGGGCAUCUCCAAGCGUUUCAAAGGUUACUGGAAGCAGGGAGUGAGUUCGAUCCACAUGAAGAGCGGAAUAUUUGGGGCUUGACACCACUGAUGUAUGCAGUCAGGAACGACCACAUUGACAUAGUCAACUUUCUCCUGGCUCGUAUCGACUGUGUAAACCACGCCAACAGGGGCGGCCAGACGGCGUUGUUAGAAGCGUGUAACGGAGGCUUCAUGGAUUGUACGGAUGCUCUGUUACGAGCAGGUGCGUCCCCCGAGAUGGCCGACGUUCACGGCCAGAGCCCUUUGAUGGUGGCCGUGAGGAAAUGGCAUCAAGGCUGCGUGAAAGUUUUGUUACAACAUGGCGCCAACCCGUGCAAGGAAUCAGUGACCCUUCAUAGCCGCCGAUGGGUGAGCAUGACACCCAUGUACGCGGCCCUGUAUUCUGGACGCAUUGACAUGGUGCGUAUGUUGUGGGCAACCAGGCCGUGUUCAGAAGCAGACCUGUUCCGGUUCAGCCUCGUCCCUGACCUCCGACAACGAGUUGAAGAACAGAACCCGGAUGUGUGGGCUUGGCUGGUGACGAACUGCCAGACCCCACACUCACUAGGCAGCCUGUGCCACAGAGCUGUGUCUCAACUUGUCGGGUACACCUCGGGUAGGAACUGUAGGCUACAGUCACUGGAUGUACCCGCAGAGCUGAAGAAGAAGUUACUCUUGCUAGAUUUGUGAUACGUUUUGGAACAUUGUAUAUUUUUUAUUAUUCAAGAUAAACAUAAUUGUACGGUA